AUGUCCCUUAAUAGUGGGCGCUGGGAAUAUUUGUCGGCAUGGUCUAGAAUCAGCGAGGCUUUAAUUCCUAACAAUUAUGUAGCUAUCCACCCUUUUACUGGGGAUCCAUUUGAGAUUACUGAAAGCGCGAUUUGGCUCAGUCAAAUACGCAAAUUGACUCAGUCAAAUGUGCAAAUUGGGCACUGUACUAAGCGUCAAUUAGGGUGUUCAAAAGCGCGGGCUGGUUUUAAAAAGCGCCAUUUGGCACCGGAGGUUUUGAUAGGAUUCUUAUUUUCUUUCUAUCGAAGAACUUUGAAAUUGUUGGUACCACAAGCCUUUAUCAAUUCAAAUUACUUUAUAGAACUUUAA